UGUUUCCCAUCUUGUGCCUGUUUCCCAGCUUGUUAAAAGCCCAGCGUUGUCCAGCCCAGCACAUUCCCUGUGCUGCUGCACACCCAGCUCCUAGGUAACUGCAGUGUGUGUGAGAGAGAGAGAGAGAGAGAAAGGCUAUUCAGACUGAGAGUCCCGAGGCCCCUUGUCUUCCCCCCACCUUCUCCCUCCCUCACGCAGAGAGAGAGAGAGAGAGAGAGAGAGAGAAAACAGCCUGGCCAGCCGCUGGCUCUCCCCCCACCCUCAGCCCACUGCCCACCAGCAGGGCACCAUGCUCGGCCUGGGAAGGCUGCAGAUGGAGCUGGCCUCUUGCUGCAUUCGCUCAUCCCUGAGGAGUUGCGGGCCUUGAGUGAUCCACGGAGAGAGAGAGAGAGAAAAGGAGAGCGAGAGAGACACACACAGAGACAGAGAGGAGAUGCUGUCUGUGCAUCGAGUCCUGUUUGCACCCAGGAGGGAGGCAGGGCCAGAGACUGGGACAUUACAAUCCUGAAGGCAGUGUCUGCUGGAGAGACAGAAACAGAGGGUGCUGCAUCUGGAAGAAGACUCCUAUCAGCAUUUGGCAGCCACAGAUCUUCCAAGGAGUCAGCGUGGGAUUUCCUUGUUCCCUGUGUCUGUGUGGGUGGAGGAGGAACAGGCAGACAGAAAGAGACAGAGAGAGGGGUUGAGGUUUAUUUUCCAACCCUCCCCUCUCUCCUUUCUCCCCGGCUGCGGUCAUUAUCCUCGCUGGCUUGAAGAUGGGACGUUACCUGCCCCCACCACCUCCUCCUCUUCUUCACCCACCCUCUCGUUGGCCGUGGUCGCGGACACCGGUUCCCUGCUGCCUGGAGGAGACGGUGUGAGCGAAAAAAUAAUAAAGAAGGACAGGCCAGGAUUGUGUGCUGACCUGCAGGAGGAGGGAGAGAGAGAGAGAGAGAGAGAGAGAGAGAGAGUCUGCUUUGAACGCCAAGAGGGCCUACUUCAUUCCUGCCAUUCUCAGGUGGGCACGUCGGGCCUACGAGCCGAAGAAUUUCCAUGAGGAGGCCAGGAAGAUGCAGCUUGUGUCAGCCCUGCUGCUUCUGUUAGUGAUGUUCACCGAGCUGAGUGACCAGCUGUUAUCAACACUGCGCAUGGCUGCUGUCUUGGAUGACCACACGACGUGCGGCAGGGGAGAGCGAUUAGCGCUGGCGCUGGCGAGGGAGAAGAUCAACAGCAUCAUCGAGGUGCCCGCCAAGGCUCGGGUGGAGGUGGAAAUCUUUGAGCUGGGCCAGGACAGUCAGUACGAGGCGACAGAUACCAUGUGUCAGAUUCUGCCCAAGGGUGUGGCAGCCAUUUUGGGGCCUUCGUCAAGUCCAGCAUCUGGAGCCUUCAUUAGUCACAUCUGUGGAGAGAAAGAGAUUCCCCACAUAAAGGUGGGUCCAGAGGAGACCCCAAAGCUGCAGUAUCUCCGAUUUGCCUCAAUUAGCUUGUACCCCAGCAAUGAGGACAUCAGCCUGGCCGUAAGCAGUAUCCUGAAGUUUUCCAGCUGCCCGUCAAGCAGUCUCGUCUGUGCAAAGGCAGAAUGUAAGGAGGGUCUCCUUCGCCUUGAGGAAUUAGUGCGGCAGUUCCUCAUCUCCAAGGACUCAUUGUCAAUACGAAUGCUUGACCAUUCCAAUGACCCCACACCCCUGUUGAAGGAAAUCCGGGACGACAAGAUUUCCACCAUCAUCAUUGAUGCCAAUGCCUCCGUGUCUUACCUCAUCCUGAAAAAGGCUGCUGAACUUGGAAUGACCUCUGCGUACUACAAAUACAUUUUGACGACAAUGGAUUUCCCUGUUUUACAGCUUAGUGAAAUUGUUGAUGACCAAGCAAAUAUCAUUGGCUUCUCCAUGUUGAAUCCCAGGCAUCCGUUUUUCCUGGAGUUUAUCCGUAGCCUUAACAUGUCAUGGAGGGAAAACUGUGAUACGGCUCAUUUCCCUGGAGCUGCGCUUCCCUCUGCUCUGAUGUUCGAUGCUGUCCACGUUGUGGUGAAUGCUGUGCGUGAGCUGAACCGCAGCCAGGAGAUUGGCCUGAGACCACUGGCAUGUACCACCUCCCAGAUCUGGCAGCACGGCACCAGCCUGAUGAACUACCUGCGCACGGUUGAGUACGAAGGGCUGACGGGCCGAGUGGAGUUUAACAGUAAGGGACAGCGGAUGAACUACACUCUGAGGAUCCUGGAGCAGGGAAGGGAUGGUCACAAGCAGAUUGGGAGCUGGCACUCGGCUCGAGGAUUGAUAAUGGACGCCACCUUCCUUGAUAUCAACGUGUCGGAGACACUCAUCAACAAAUCCCUCAUCGUCACCACCAUCCUCGAGAACCCAUACGUGAUGAGGAAGCGUAACUUCCAGCAGCUGGCAGAGAACGAUCAGUACGAGGGGUUCUGUGUCGACAUGCUCAAGGAACUCGGUGACAUCCUCAAGUUCAACUUCAAGAUCAAACUGGUGGAUGAUGGACUGUACGGAGCUCCAGAAGCAAAUGGCUCCUGGACGGGAAUGGUCGGAGAGCUCAUCCAGAGGAAAGCUGAUCUUGCUGUUGCUGCCUUCACCAUCACAGCUGAGAGAGAGAAAGUCAUCGACUUCUCAAAACCGUUCAUGACCCUGGGAAUCAGCAUCUUGUACAGAAUGCACAUGGGUCGCAAGCCUGGCUAUUUCUCUUUCUUGGACCCCUUCUCUCCAGCUGUCUGGCUCUUCAUGUUACUCGGCUAUUUGGCUGUGAGCUGUGUGCUAUUCCUUGCUGCCAGGAUGAGCCCUUAUGAGUGGUAUAACCCCCACCCGUGCCUGAGAGAACGGGUAGACAUCUUGGAGAACCAGUACACACUUGGAAACAGCCUCUGGUUCCCGGUUGGAGGUUUCAUGCAGCAAGGCUCGGAGAUUAUGCCUCGUGCGCUUUCUACACGCUGUGUCAGUGGAGUCUGGUGGGCCUUUACGUUGAUCAUCAUCUCCUCGUACACAGCCAACCUUGCUGCUUUCCUGACUGUGCAGAGGAUGGAAGUCCCAAUUGAAUCUGCCGAUGACCUCGCUGACCAAACCAACAUUGAGUAUGGUACCAUUCAAGGAGGAUCCACAAUGACAUUUUUCCAGAACUCCCGGUACCAGACAUACCAGCGGAUGUGGAACUACAUGCACUCGAAGCAGCCCAGUGUCUUUGUGAAGACCACUGAGGAAGGUAUUGCCCGCGUUUUGAACUCCAAGUACGCCUUCCUGCUGGAGUCCACAAUGAACGAGUACCACAGGAAACGGAACUGUAACCUGACUCAGAUCGGAGGCUUGCUCGAUACCAAGGGUUACGGUAUCGGUAUGCCACUGGGUUCCCCAUUCCGGGACGAGAUUACCCUCGCGAUCCUCCAACUUCAGGAGAAUAACCGGUUGGAAAUACUCAAAAGGAAGUGGUGGGAGGGAGGGAAGUGUCCGAAGGAAGAAGAUCACAGAGCAAAAGGUUUAGGAAUGGAGAACAUUGGUGGGAUAUUUGUCGUCCUGAUCUGUGGUCUGAUCAUUGCAGUCUUUGUAGCUGUCAUGGAGUUUGUUUGGACAACUCGACGUUCAGCAGAAUCAGAGGAGGUAUCGGUCUCCAUGUGCCGCCAGAUGUUUACUGAGCUGCGCCACGCUGUGUCGUGUAAGAAGACCUCCCGUUGGAGAAGGAGACGGAGACCAGCUAGGCCAGGGGGUGUCCCUUUGAGCAAGCAGCUGCGAGCGGCCAGGGAGCUGAGGCUCAGUAAUGGCAGGCUCUACCCGGGGCCUACGGGGAGCCUGGGCCUGGAGCCGAGCCUGGGCCCGGGCCUGGGCCCUGGACCGCAGCGACUCCUCGAUGAACUAGGCCCGGGCCCAGGCAGGAGCUGCAGCCACAUCCGUAUCUGCCAGGAGUGCCGGAGGAUCCAGGGCCUGAGGACGACACGCCUGCCCCCGAGCCGAGGGCCUGUACAGGCUGAGGAGCAGCCUCCUAUAUCGGGCCCACAGCCUGAGUCCAGCAGUCAGGACUGAGAGGGAGCCCGGGCCCGGAACCGGAGACUGGGAGCUGAGGUGGAGGGGUGGGGGAGUGGCCCGGGCACCACAGUUUGGGAUCAGGGCCUAGAGACCACCCUCUAAGGUCAGGGCCUGGGAUCAGGGUCCGGGAUCAGGACUUCAGCCUUCUCCUGCCUGCCCGCCCAGGGAUAAGCCUCUCCCUCUGUCUGUGCCUCUCUAUCUCCCCCCUUCCAUUUCCCUCGCCCUACCCCCAGAACAUUCGCCCUUCAACCCAGUCCUUGCCCUCUCUUUCACAACCCAUACUGUGCUCCCUACCAUCACAACAAGGCCCCCUCCCCCUCACAACAUGCCCCCCUCCCUCCCUCAGACUGUAGCCCCUCUCCCUUCUACCUAGAACAUGUCCCCUCCACACACACUAUCACCUUUUCAACCCGCUGUGACCACCCCACUCUGCCCCACCCCAAUCCCAGCAGACACCUGCUUUCCAGGAUACCCCCCUCUCCCCUUCCAGGAACCGACGCGAUCCCUCCUGGGGUCGGUCCCUUUCCCCUGGCCCAGCCCCCAGCAUCAGAUGUCCCUCCCGCAGGAAGUUGGCGGGGCUGGGGGUUCAGGAAUAGAGUCAGGAGCCGGAGAAUAGUCGGAGAGAUGGACUAGAAAACAGAAAGCGCAUGGUGUGGGGCGUGUGGGGGGUGGUGGUAGGAGACAGAGCUAAGGAAGCAGAACAAGAUGGACCAAUACAGAGAGACACAGAGAGAUAGACAGGGUGUGUGAGAGAGAGGGAGGAGAGAAAUCGGUGGAAGAACUCCCUUUGAUGGGAUGGUCAGAGUGGUUAGCACCGAGGGACAGUGUUGGACCAGGGACCACGACUGCCCUCACUGAACUCAGGGUAAUUAACUGCCUUGUUAAGGGGUUCACAAAAGGAUAGGAACAUAUGAAGACACUCAACACGUGCUCUGCACUUUUAACAGCAAAAGAAACAAUGGACUAAGUGUUUGCACCAAACUGGACCUUAUCUGGAGAAUCCUCUGCAGAUGUGAACUUUUCUUUCUGUUACUUUUUUUUUCUUCCUUUUACUUUGCUAAUUUCUAUGUAUAGUUACCAAAAACAAAAGGCAGACACACGGAAUAGCAAACUCAGCAAAUGGUGAGGACCCAUCGGCUAAUUUGAGUAAAUAAAAGACACU